AAACAUGGCUGUGCAGUCGUGGGUAGACGCUUUGAAGGCGUCAAAGAAAACUGCAUUAAUUUCCGAUGGGAAAAGGAAAGUGCACUAUCUGUUUGCAGAUGGAAACGAAAUGGCAGAGGAAUAUGACCUCAGGUCAGACGAGCUAGUCACACGUAAAUGGCGCCACAAAACAACUUUAGGAGGGCAUGGGUCUUGGCAAGCGGAGGUUGGAGAGUCAAACCCAAGUCCACUUACCACAUCAGAAAGUGAAGUAAUAAAAGAGUCCUGCUCUAAUGUAAGUUUCCUCUGUGUGAUUCCUCAACAGCCCGUGUUCGUGCGCAAAGACACAAAGACCAGUUUUCAGUGGCGGAUUCGUAACCUUCCUUAUCCCAAAGAGGUCUACAGUGUCUCUGUGGAACCAGCGGAGCGACGCUGCAUUGUCCGGACAUCCAACAAAAAGUACUAUAAGAAGUUCAAUAUUCCAGAUCUAGACCGUUGCCAGCUGCCGCUGGAGAGCUCAGACUUAAGCUUCACUCAUGCCAACAACACUUUAAUCAUCAGUUAUAAGAAGCCCGAGGAGAUUCUGACCCUGGAGCAGGAGUUGCUGAGGGAACUGAAGAAACUCAAGGGAACAAAUGAAGGAGAUGUGGACUGUAGAACUCAGUGA